AUGGGUGGCUGCGUUGCAUCCCUUAUUGAGAGCAGAAACACAAAAUCUCUUGUCGAUAACGAUGACAUUCUGCAAUACAACAAACUGCCAUGCCAAAUCCGUGUAGUUGCGGGAACAGAACGGGAGGAUGCAUCACCGGUCUACCGUAAGUUUGACGUUACUGAUGAGGAUUUCGAAAAGAUGUCACAUGAUGCGUACCAUGGGGAGCCACUAAUACAACUAAUCCGUGAGAUUUGUGGGCUACGGGGGGAGAAGGUUGCAAUGGCCUACCGCAAUAUGCAGCGGGUAGAGAGAAAUGUGGUGAAGGAUGCGAGCGGCAAGUCAAAAACGAUGGAUAUGUAUGUUUUCUCACCGGGGCGCCGAAAUAUAAGCUAUAAGCAGCUUUGGGAAACCGUCGAAAAUUUUUCUAAAGGUCUCUGUGAAAUUGGGCUUCAGGAGCGACAAUGCCUUGCUCUGUUUGAAGAGACGCGUUGGGAGUGGUAUGCGUCGUUGCUUUCCGCCUGGUGCCACAACAUGAUUGUGGCAACAGUGUACGCCAAUCUGGGUGAGGAUGCACUCCGUUACGCGUUAAGGGAAGCUCAAUGCGGCUGCAUCAUCUGUAACGGGAAGAAUGUCCCCGUACUCCUUGACAAAGUGAAGUUGAAAGAAAUGGGAAAUCCAGUGGUUAUUUACUUGGAUGAUUUACCCACUAACGUAGAUAUUAUGGACCUAAGGGUGUACAAAUGGUCUACCGUGGUGGAGAUGGGUGCGAAGAGCGAAAAGGCUCAGUUAAACAUCCCAACUUGUGAAAAUUGUGAUGAUACCGCUCUUAUCAUGUACACAAGCGGCACUACGGGGGAUCCAAAGGGUGUAGUGCACACACACGGAAGCCUUGCUAGUGGCGUCUAUGCGCUCAGCAUUCGACUGUCCGAAGUAUUUGGUGACCCACGAGAUGACGAAACGUACUGCUCGUACCUUCCUUUGGCCCACAUUAUGGAACUGGCUGUGCUGUCAAUCCUUAUGCUCAGGGGAUGCCUCAUUGGUUUCGGUUCUCCUCGAACAAUUACCAACACUUUUUCUAAACCACACGGUGAUUUGGUCGAAUAUCGACCGUUUGUUCUCUCUGCUGUCCCGCGUGUGUUCGAUACCAUUAAAAAAAAUGUUGAGGCAAUGCUACCCAGUCCCGGGUCAAUAAAGCGUACAGUCUUUGAAAGGGGAUAUCAGGCCCGUCUCAAGGCUCUGAGGGAUGGGAAGGAGACUCCCUACCUCAAUGAAAAAGUUUUCAAUAAGGUCCGUCAGGCAACAGGUGGGAAUGUGCGGCUUUACUUUUCUGGUGGGGCGCCACUGUCUCCAGCUACUCAGGAGUUCAUCAACGUGGUACUGGGGACUGUUAUUCAGGGUUGGGGCCUAACGGAGACUGUGUGUUGUGGAGGGACUCAGUUCCCAGGCAGCCUCGAGUCCGAAAGUAUUGGUCGGAUGAUCGACACUGUGGAGUUGCGCCUUCUCGACACUCCCGAAUAUCGGCAUACGGAUAAACCAGAACCUCGUGGAGAAAUUUUGUUGCGCGGGCCAUUCCUCUUUAAAGAGUAUUACAAACAGAAGGCCCUGACGGAGGAGGUUAUUGAUUCCGAGGGAUGGUUCCACACGGGUGAUGUUGGCUGCGUUUCGAAAAACGGUACCUUGCGCAUCAUUGGUCGCGUGAAGGCCCUUGUAAAGAAUUCCAACGGCGAGUAUUUGGCUUUGGAGUCCUUGGAGGCCACUUACGGGCAAAACAAGUUGUGCACACCAAACGGCGUGUGUGUGCUCGUUCAUCCACAGCGCAGUUAUAUAGCUGCACUGGCCCUCACAACAGAGCAACUUAUCAUGCCCUUCGCAAAGGAGCAUAAAAUCCGCGGAACAUAUCCCGAGAUACUCGAAAAUGUUGAACUCCGCAAGAAGGUGUGUGAAUCAUUUCAAGAAACUGGAAGGGCCGCUGGAAAGAAAAGCUUCGAAAUUGUGCGGGACGUGCGCCUACUGAGUGAUGAAUGGACCCCAGAAAAUGGGGUUCUAACAGCGGCCGCCAAGUUGAAGAGGCGAAUCAUUGAUGAACGUUACAAAGAACUGAUCGAAGAGAUAUUCCGCAAUGAUGUUUGA